CAACAGCAAUUUAUUAUUCUCAUUGAAUUAAUCUGGUCAAUUUUUCAUUUUUGUUUUUUUUUGCAAAUGAACAACAAAACAUGAAACAUAUUUUUCAUCAAUUCAUAUACAAAUAUCAAAGAAAAAUGAAUGAAAAUGAGAAUUUUCGGAAAGAAUUUAUGGAAAUAAUUUUACCACCAAUUCUAUUAUCAAUAUUGAUUGGUUUAUCAACAUUUGGUCGAUUUGCUACAAUAAUAUUUACCAUAAUUUCCAUACCAAUAUCAUUAUAUUUAUUUGAUCAUCAUAUUUAUAAUAAUGAACAGAAAAAGUUACAAACAAAUUUUUUCAUAUCAUGGGCAAUAUCAACAUUUUUCAUAUUUUUAUCUGUAUUCGAAUAUAUAGUUGUACCGUUUUUAGAGAUAACAAUUUGGGAAAAUUAUUCACUAUUAUCGCUAAUUACUAUUGCUGUUUUAAUGAUAAUUCAUCUACGAAAACAUUCAAAACAUUAUCAUCAUCCACAUGAUCAUCAUGAUCAUUCGAUUCCAAUAUUGACCACCGCCAACAACAAUAAUAACAACGAUCAUCAUGAUCAUCAUGGCCAUCAACGACAAAUAUCUUCGAUAGAUGAUUGGCAUUUAUAUUGCUAUUGGAUUGGCUGUUGUAUUCAUGGCUGGAUUAGUUUACGUUAUUAUAUGGCCAUACAUAUUUGUUUAAUUGGUGCCUUAUUAUUUAAUAUUUAUCUAAAUAUAACAACAAUAUGUCAUACAUAUAUACUUUAUGAUUUUCUACUUGUACCGGAUGAUUGUAGUGAAGUUUAUUUUGAUAUUAAUUUAUCAUUAUCAUUUAUAAUAGCAAUAUAUGCCGGUCAAUUAGUGAUAUUAUUAUCAUAUUCAUUGCUCAAAUUAUUAAUUCUAUUAUGGUCACUUAUUAUCAACAACAACAAAACUACCAAUGCUACAAAUAAUUCUACCAUCAAAUUAUCAUCGUUAAAUAAUAACAAUAAUAGUCGAUAUAAUAAUUGUUCUUAUCAUCUGAUUCAUCAAUAGAGAUUCUCAUACAUUUUUUUCAAAAUUUAAAAAAUUCCAAAAAUUAAUUGUGAUAAACCACCAUUACUAAUAAACAUACACAGGUUGCUGCUAGUCGAAAUGAUUAGAAUAUUUCUUAUUUAAAAAAAAAUUUUCAACAAAAAAAAUCGAAAUUUUACAAGGUCAUUAAGCAAACAAAAACCAUACUCUUGCAACUUCCUUUCAUCAUUAUCAUCAUCAUCA